UUACGGAGCUUAACCGCGACCGCGCCUCGCGGAGUCAGUGCCACCUCCAGUUGUCGCUCAAGCGCCACGCCAAUCCACAGUGUACCACAGUGCGUAAACGUGCUCCCAACGUAAACAAAUUAAUUCACAAAACAAAAUUGGAAAUACUUUCAAUCACAAUACACUGGCAAAAGUUUGGGCCCAUUCAUCCGACUGAGAUUCUAGGAUUAGAAAUUUAGAAAUAUGGAGCUGGAGAAGUGGUACAAAGUAUCGAAAGAGGAGGAGUUCAAGAAGAAUCCUCAACUGGAUCAAAAUGACAUCGACACGAUAAGAGAAUGGAUGGCAAAACAACAGUACUUCCCUGAAAUCCCAGAUCACCAAAUCAUUUUGUUCUUGCGAGCAAACCACUUCAGCGUUGAAAGGACGAAGGAAAAUAUUGAAAAUUAUUUCACGAUGAGGACUAUUUACACCAACUUUUUCAGCGAACGCAUAUAUUCCAGUGAAGCAAUGAAGACUGCGAGGGAAGUGAUCCACACGGCCUUUUUGGAGGGAACCGACGAUGAUGGAAACCGAGUUUUCUGGUGCUCGCUCCGAGACCCUAACCCAGCACUCUACAACCCGGUCCACUGCUCAAGAUACUUAACGAUGAUUUUCGACGCCGAUCAACUAGAGAAGGGCUCCGUCAAAGGCUACUCAGUUGUCAUGGAUUCCACCGGAUUUGUCUUCGGACAUGGCAUCAAGUGGAAUUUAGGUCUUGUCAAACAGAACGUAGCUUACAAUCAGGAUGGGUCAAACUUACCGAUUCUGCGGGUAUACUUCAUCAACACUAACUCGGUAGUUGAGAACUUGGUGAAUAUGGCCAAGAAAAUUAUGUCACCUGAACUUGCUAAAAAGGUUUAUGUGAUUUCAACUAAGAACUACUCCAAAAUAUUUGAUACAAUUCCUAAGAAAAUCGUUCCUUCGGAUUGCGGAGGAGACUGUGGAAAAACGAAAGAGGAGCUGAGCCAGGAAACACACAAAGUAGUAAACAAGUAUGCAGACUAUUUCGUAAUUGAAGAGAAACUUCGUGUGAAUGACCUUAAACGAGCUCAAAAGUCAAAAUUUGCUAACGAUGUUGAAGGAAUACAGGGGUCGUUUAAGAAAUUAGACUUGGAUUGAUUUAAUUUAAUGCAAUACUACUGUAAAUUGAGUUAUGGGUUUUGUUGCUAUUUUUUAGGGAAUAGCAGCAAAACGAGUGACCAAGGGGUUCCUAUUCUUUUUAAAAUGGGAGCUGAACUUCAAGACUGCAACAUUCGCUUGUAGUUUUUGCUAGACAUUCAAUGAAAAAUUUUAGCCCUGUAAAUGAAUGCAACUUAAGUUAUUGAGACUAAUUAUUUAUACUUAGAUACUCAAAUUUUUAUGCUUGAUCCCUUUAAACUUUCAACCACUACCUAAGAGCAAAAAAUAAGAGAUGCUCAAAAGCUUUGAACGCUGGACAUAUGGUCCAGAUCUGAUACAAAGAGACUAGUACGACACUUACCAGGAGAAAUGUGCCUUACUAUAAAUUUUAAGUGAGGGUUAUACAUCUUUGACAACUAUUCCAAUUCACCAAAAAUAAAGUAGUAUCUAGAUAUUUUCUAUUUUUUCUUUCAUUUUUUAUGGAAAUUAGGGUAAAUCUUGACAUGAAUUUGUAAAUAGGUACUUUGUUUUUUGUAAUAAAUUGUUUUUUCCGAUAA